CAGUCCUCAUCCUCAUACUUGAUCAUAGCCAGAUCUGUGGAAGGAAAACGUCAACAAAUGUGAGAAAAAAACUUUUUUCACCAAGAUUUUCCGAUUCGRUUUUUCUAAGAAAUCUCACACUACUAGCCCUAUUCUUAACCAUUCAGAUAAAUUCCAGUUAUGCUCUAAAAUACCAAGACAACUAUUUGAAAAUGACAUUUUACGAGAGCGAGAUGGUUGUUCCUGGCCUCCCAAGAUACGAAGAUGUCUUGAUCGACAGCCCAUCUUGUCAUCAAUCCUUAAAAUUCUGGAGCCAAAAAGCCGAUCAGAUUGCACCAGUAUUAUCAGAGUUAGCCAGCAAUGUAGAGAAAUACCAUGGCACUGGUGUGAAGCACCAAAAAUCAGGCCUAAACAUCAGUGAAGCCUUGGGCAAUGUUGUGAAGGUCUUCCAGGAUGACGACAAGAUUUCAGAACCAAUAACAAAGUUUACAGAUGUUUUGCAGAGGAUAGAGUGUUACCGUGAUAUGUUCCUUAACCAGACACAGCUUCUCAUGUGGGAACCUCUAGUAAAGUUAACACAGGAUUAUGACAAAGCUAAAGAACUCAAUACAGAAGUCCUAAAGGCAAGAGAAGCAAUGCACAUAGCAUGGGAAAAGUUCUCAAGCUGUCCUCAUGUUGAAAAUUUACAAGAGGUUGGGCUGCUGGACAAAUUGGCCCACUCACUACUUAAUGCAAGACGGAAUUACCAAAAAGUUCUCUUGCAAUAUGUUACUAUGCUAAAAGAAAUCCAUACACUCAAAAAGGUUGUAAUUUUACAGAAAGUCUUAGAGCACAUGCUGGCACAGUUUUCUUUUUUCAAUUUUGGUUAUCAGACAUUGAAGGAUAUAGAGCCCUACAUGAAUGGAUUGUUCCAAGAGCUUCAAGAAAGCCACACUAAAGUAGAGGAAUCAUUGAAGAAGGAAGUAGAAACACAACAGGAGAUGGAGAAAGAAGCUGUCCUACAGCAGCAAAGGGAUGGACAAGGGUUUGCAGAGCCAAGUUCAGCAGGCAUUGGUCAGUCUGUCGCAUCAAUGAACACACAAGCAGGAAAAAUCUUUAACAAAAUUGGGGAUUUAUUUCAAGCUGGGUCUUUUGGCCUCGCAGGUUCACGAAAAUCAUACAAGGCGCCUUCUAGUCCCUCUGACCAAGAGUGGGAAGUCAUAGAAUCUCAGCGCACUUCAUCCAAAGACAAGCUAUCAAGCGAAGAGCUAUCAAACAAGCCGUCCUCAAGCAGUAGUACUCCAGAAACAAAACCCAAAAGAACUCAUGAUUCAGGUGUAAAACCUUCUCCAAAAAAAGAGCACCAUGCAACAGGAAAAGCCGAAGAGGCUGGCCCCACAACAAAAGAAGCAGGUCAAGUCGUAGCCGUUGUACCUCCAGAAUUGAUAAGUCCUACCACAGGAAAUAAAGAAACACUCUCAGAGAAUUUGCUACCAGCUCCUAUCGCCAGUCUACAGCCACCCACAACACCAUCGUUAAACGCCUAUAAAGGAUGCAAAACAGGAUAUCUCAGAAUACGACAGAAAGCUUUCCCGAAAAACAGAUGGCCUUUACUGUAUUUCAUCGUCGACAAAGAAAAUGGCAACCUACUAGCCCAAGGACAAGAACAAACCCAACCUUCAACUUUAGAGAAUUUACUUCUCUGCACAGUUAAGAUUUGCGAUUCUGAAGACGCGGACAGAAACUUUUGUUUCCAACUGAUUUCGACGACGAGUGAGCGAGUAUUUCAAGCGUUGACUAACCUGGAAGUCCAGGAAUGGAUUACUGCGAUACAGGAAGCAACAGCGGAUGCCCUUAGGAACUCUAAAGCGAAAUUGAAGUCGCUCGCGAGGUCAAACUUAUCUGACGACAUAGGUCAUAAGAGAGAACCCAGAUCUCUCGUUCUAAAUGCAGCUGAAAGAAUACGAAAAGUUGCUGGUAAUAAGUACUGUGCUGAUUGCUCUUCUCCCAGACCUGAUUGGGCAAGCAUUAAUAUCGGCAUAACGAUAUGUAUCGAGUGUUCUGGAGUACACAGGAAUAUGGGUGUCCACGUUUCUAAGGUCCGUUCUCUGACGUUGGAUAAAUGGGAAGAUACCACUGUUGAUUUCAUGGAAGCCAUGGGGAAUACCAAAGCUAACCAGAUAUACGAAGGCAAUUUGAGAGAAUAUCCCAAACCAACUAGAGAUUCUUCCAAGGACGAUAGACAGAAGUUCAUUAAACUCAAAUAUGUAGAGCAGAGAUUUUAUAAAGCAUUACCAUCUGAGGAUCUGGACCCAGAAAUAGCAAAAGUCUUGGCAAGUAGACCUGGGGAAAGUGAAGAAGACCUGUUUGAUGUUUCAGAGGAGGUAGGUGCAGGUCGAUAUUUGAUGACGAAAGAGAACUAAUGGGUUCCAGUCCACUGUGUCUUAUACAAGAUUGUCAGGAAUGUCCUAAAGGAUCUUGCUCAGAAAAAAGUCACCAUAGUCCACAGCUUGUUAUGAGUGACUCAGGAGAGGAUGAUGGAAUAGAAGAGGAAGAUAACCCAGAAAGCCAAUGUUAAGAAAUUUAAUGAAUAGCACUAUAAAAAAAAUUGCCAAUGUUUUCAUUGCUAUGUGGAGAUGGAUAGUAAAGUCAUGAAAGGGUUAAUAGACCUAUCCCAAAUUCGCUUGACUGACCACGAAACAAUGGUUUGAAGUCGAGACUAAACUUGAUUCUUUUAUUCAUCAAGUUCAACCUCGACUUGAAACCAUUGUUUCGUGACCAGUCAAGCGAAUUCGGGAUAGGUCUAUUGACUGCUGUCAAUCACAUAAAUUGUUUAUUUACAGUUUGCAUUACCAGCUGAGCAGUGAAUGCAGUGCACAAAGCAUGAGUAGACAAAAUGUCCCCAGACAUUUUUGGAGCUUGAAAGAACGAAGCAACCAUGGUGGUUCAUUGAAAUUGUUUUCAUUCGUCUAUUCCAUAUUUCUGCUUCUUGUAGGCAUAUAUGAUAUAUUAUAAAAUAUUUGAGAUAUAACAUGACACUGAUUGGCUGGCUACCAUGUUUAUAUCAGAGGACAGACACGCUCAUGCAAAAUCAUUCAAAAAUAUUUUAUGCGAUAUAAAACAUCUGCGCGUGUCUAUAUAACGUGAUAUAAACACGGCUACGCCUAACGUUUCUCUAUGACUUCUCUCUCGCUCUACAGCUCCCAUCGUGUUUAUAUCACAGUAUAUAGACAUGCGCGCUGUUUUAUAUUCCUUAAUUUCAAUCAAAAGAAAACAGAAAAAUAUGCAAAAGUUGGAUUACAGUAGCCUGGGAAUGAGGGCCGGCGACAAAACAGCUAAGCACUGUGAUUGGCUAAGACAAAAUUCACUGCUCAUCUGGUAGAGCAAAUGCAGUAAAACCAAGAAAUAUUGACGAAUAGUAGCUAUUUAGUGACUAGGUAAAUGACUAAGUAAAUAAAUGACUUUUUAGUGACUAUUUGUUUAUAGUUGCUAUCACUCAACCAGAACAUUCAUCGCACAGACACAAAUGGUCUCAGACCCAUGUGUAUUUGUCUUUGUAUGAUAAAUGUUCUGGUUGAGUGAUAGCAACUAUAAGUCACUAAAUAGCUACUAACUUUACUUUAUCUAAUGAUUAAACCUGUCAUGACUUUUGUCUAAAUCAAUGUGUAACAACAAAAUUAGUUACCGUUGAUCAGAUUUGGAGAUAAUUGUAAAUCGUUGAUGUUGAGAUUCUCCUUCUAUGUAUAAAGAGAAAUGUAUGUUAAAUUAUUUAUUUUUGGGGGAAAGAACUUGCUAAUAUUAGCAUCUUUUCCAUCAAGAUUGUGAAGUGGGGAUAAUAUAUAGAAUUCCAAACAUAAUAAUCAUGAACUAUAAUGACUUAUAAUAACAACUUGGACACUAUAUUGAUAUUGUUAGAAACAUUUCAUCCCUGUAAAUUAUUUAGGAAAACCAAAUGCUUACGCGAGUUUAACAAAAUAAUGGCUCUGGAUAUAACUCAAGUCUAAUGGGAAAUUAACUUCUCAGUCUUCAUUACAAAUAGACUUCUUUAGUUUGGGCCUAAUGUUUUGCCCAUUUCUGACCAUGUGUUAUUCCCUUGAGUAUCAUUUCUUUAUUUUGGAUGCAAAUAAAACAAAGAAUCCUAUUCUUAAAGGAAUGCCACAUAUUGCUCUGUCGCAGGCAUUUUGUUGAGAAGAACCCCUUUAAAUGAAUGAAUCAAGUGAUGAAUGAAAUAUUCAAAAAUACUGUAAAAAAAAUGCACAAGAAAUAUGUGUCUAACAGCACGGGGUUAAAUACUAGGUGUAAUAAAUAGAUAGUGGCACUAAAUAAAGAACCUUAAGAACCUUUCAAA